AUGCGGCGGCGGGCGCCGCAGGGCCGGCGGGGGGCGCCGCUGCCGGCCGCCGUCGCUGCGCUGUGCCGGGCCCUGCCGCCCCGCGCCCGGCCUGCCCCCGACACCCUCCGCCGCGCCAAGUUCGACCGGCCGCAGGCGAGCCUGGAUCUCUGGAGGCUGCUCUACACUCUUCUGAAAGACAUUCAUGGAGGCAAAGGGACAGAGUCUGAUGCCAUAGACGAGCAGGUGAGGGCGGUGAAGGCGGCGCUGUGGUUCCAGGGCUACGGCAGGCCGGGGCUCCACAGGCUGCCCCGCGACGGCUCUGCGGGCGGCAGGGAGCUGCUGCUGGCCUUCUCCUGGCUGCUGCACAGGCUCAGCCUCCCGGAGCAGCUGCUGGCUCGCCACAGAGUACAGACUGGCGACCACACCUCUGUGUGCACGUGUGAAGCUGAUGUGGCAGGCAGGCAGGAAGGGGCAGCAGGGAGAGCAGCUGUGCAGCGGCCGGGCGCCGGCGUGGACGUUCGCUACCUGCAGUGGCUGAGCGGCAGGCUGAGGCUGCAGUGGCAGAGCCUGCACGCUCAGCACCAAGAGCACUGCAAGCUUCUGCACAGGAUCCAUCUAUUGACCAGUGGCUCCCACAUGGACCAGAGCCUUGGACACCUGUCUGUCACAGAACUGGAUCUCAUUAGACAGCCUGAGAGCUGCAAGCAGCUGCUACAGCUUCUGGAGUCUGAAACCAUGCAACUAGAAGCCUUUCUGGAGUGGAAGCAACUGGAAGCAGUGUAUUGGCAGUGGAUGGAAACUGUGCUGGAUAGCAUGGCUGGAGAGGGAAGUACUUGUGAGUCCCAGGAUGCUCAUGUGGAGGACAGCAGGCUGGCAAAGGGGACCCCGUGCUGCCCCUGGGCUGACAGCCUGGGUGGGCAAAUCCAGAGGCUGUCCAGAGAUCUGAUGACCCUCCAGGACCGGCUGCACGAGCUUGUGACUCACCGACGGGCUGCGUGGUGUGAGAAGGUGAAAACAAGAAAGGGAGAGCUGCAGAAGGAGGGGUUCCCUGCCACUGCUAGGAAGAUCCAGGAGAGUGUGGAACUGAAGCUGCUAGACCUCACACACCUCUGUGCUCCAAACAGAAGCAAAGCUCAUGGCUCAUGCAGGCUGGUGUUCAGAGGCAAGCAGCCUGCCAGCCAGAGGGGCUUCAGCAGAUCUGCAUCCAAGGAGCCUGUUUCAGCUGUCAGUGCUGCAGAGGUGAUCAGAGAGCUGCAGAUGAGAGAGGCCAGCCUGCAGAGAGAGCUGAGGCAGCUGCAGGAGGAGUGCAGGCAGAGGCUGGAUGAAAUGGCAGAAGGGUUGGAGGGAGUGAUUUGUGUCUCCCCUUGAGGAGAGAAGGCUGGUCUGAGGAAAGCAAAGGAAUGGACUGGCUUGGCCAGAGGAUGCUGUGCAGCCUGGCAUGGGCAGAGCACAGGGGGAGGAACCAAAUCUCAUUGCUGACUUUUGAGCCUGGGAGUCAUAACUCCUCCUGCUUUGUGACUGGUGCUGGGGCCAUAACCUUGGGGGCUCUCUCUGGAGCUCCUUCAUUGCUCACCUUGCCAAUUAGCUUCUGCAGCAGGCCUUGGUGGGGCCCUUUCACCUUCUGGGCUCCCAGCUCUGCUGCCGAGCCCUGGGCCCUCUCCAGUGCUCAGCUGCUGGGCAUGGCAUACACUGAGGCUGCCCAGGCAGGGGCUGGCUGCAUCCAGUGUU